GAGUCCUGUUUCGGUGGCUGAUGUGACCGCUGUUGGCUGCACGAGUGAAAAGGUCACCCGAGGCCUUGUUACCAGCUCCCGCCGUUUGACGAAGAUCGCCGGCCUUGCCCUGUUUGGUAUCGUUUUCCUUUUCGCUUUCCUUGGCUGGCCGGGGGCGGUGAUUGACGAUGAGGCCACGCACAGGAAGAUUCUCACCGCGUUGUUCCUCACCGGGAUCACCUUGGUUGCUUUGGAGGAUGUGAUACGCCUGGAUAAGGCAGCUAUCAUGCUCGUCUUGGCUUCGGUCAUGUGGACCUAUCAU